ACAGCAUUGUAAAGCGAGCAAACCAAAGGAUCCAUCUGCUGAGGAAACUCAACUCUUUCAGUAUCAGCAGAAAUAUCUUGUGUACCUUUUAUCGAGAGCCUUUCGACAUUUUCUUUUAUAUGCUGGUUUGGUGGUCUAUCUGUGAAAGACAAGAAGUGUCUGAAUGACAUCAUCAGAGUGUGCUGUAAAAUUACUGGAGUCCAGCUUAAGGACCUCUGCUCUCUCUGGAAAACACGGGUGGUGCAGAAAGCAGACAGGAUAUUAUCCCACCCUGAUCAUGCUCUGGCCAAUACAAUGCUGCUCCCACUGAGUGUCCUGAUUUGCCUGCUGUGCUUGAGUCAUGCCGGGGGUGCGUGGGGAUUCGCCCAUCUGCUGGAUGAUGUGGAGCUACGCUCUGCCUUCUCAGUUGCACGCACCAACAGCAUGGAGGGCGGGCCCAAGAUGACCGUAACCUUUGAUACUGUUUAUGUCAACAUUGGCGGGGAUUUUGACCCCAAGGCUGGGUUUUUCCGCUGUCGUAUCACUGGGGCCUACUACUUCUCCUUUACAGUGGGGAAAUUUCCACACAAAGACCUGUCAGUGAUGCUGAUGAAGAACAGAAACGAGGUGCAGGCCAUCGUGUACGAGGAAAACUCCGGAGAGGAGAGGAAGGUGCAGAGCCAGAGCGUCAUGCUGCAGCUGGAGUUUGGUGAUACUGUCUGGCUCCGUCUCCAUGGUGACCCACGCUAUGCACUCUACAGCAAUACUGGACACUACACCACCUUCAAUGGUUACCUCGUCUACCCUGACACCUAUGGCUUCCAGACACACCAUCACCAACACCAUACUGCCUUCAACUCCCAGCAGCACCAGCAAGACAACACCCCCCUGGUGAAUAGCAACCAGGCCACAGAGCAAGUCAGGUCUGGAACAAGAGACACAGCAGUAGUGGAGCAGGAGAAGGAGCUUCAACAUAGGGAGGAAGAAGAGGAGGAGGAGGAGGAGGAGGAGGAGGAUGAAGAGGAUGAGCAGAGAUCUGCCUUCUCGGUGGGGCGCACCCAGAGCAUUGUGGGAGUCAACCAAGUGGGCAUGCCUCAGCACCAGCCAGUUAGCUUCGACACGGCUUUUGUCAACAUUGGAGAAGACUUUAACGUGACGGAGGGGGUGUUCACCUGCCGAGUUGCUGGAGCAUACUACUUCUCCUUUAACGUGGGCAAGCUGCCGCAGAAGACACUGUCCGUCAAGCUGAUGAAGAACCAUCUGGAGGUGCAGGCUAUGAUCUAUGACGACAGCCAGGGGGAGAAAGCUCUGCAGAGUCAGAGCUUGAUGUUGUUGCUGAAACCAGGAGACACCGUGUGGCUCUACUCCCACCAGAGAGAUGGCUUUGGGGCCUACAGCAACCAUGCCAAGUACAUCACUUUCACUGGCUUCCUGGUUUAUCCAGACAUCCCCAGCACCACUGCCGCCACCAGCCAAUCAUAUGCAGACAAGAAACCCUAGCUGUAGCACAUGGGCUAGGGACCGAACAUUGUGGGAGGAAUUCAUGCUAAGUGGAAGAGUCUCUGAGUCCACAAGAGUGGAGAAUACUUGUGGUUGUAUUUGAAGCUUCUUCUUCAUAUGAAUUCCUUCACAAAGUCACAGAGACCUUGGACUAAUUGCAGAGCUUAAAUGAGAAUCUCUUCAAUUUCCAGCAAUGGCUUCCCGGGAUAUGACUUCAUCACACACAAAUGUGGAACCUUCAAUGACAGUAAUGUGAACUGUAAUUGAAUAUUUCACUCUGUAAUGAAAAUGCAGUCAUUACCUGCUCACCUCUGUGUCAGCUGAGGACUUAGAUAUCAUACCUCUCUGUGACUGAAAUUCAUGGUUCUCAAAAACACUAUCCUGUGUCCACUGUUAGUACUCCAUGAUUGAAGUAUUUUAUAAUCAAUGAUUAACAGUGGGCGGCAUGGUGGUGUGGUAGUUAGCACUGUUGCCUCACAGCAAGAGGGUUCCCGGUUCGAUCCCGGGUGAGGGAGCCCUUCUGUGCGGAGUUUGCAUGUUCUCCCCGUGUCAGUCUGGGUUCUCUCCGGGCACUCCGGCUUCCUCCCACUGUCCAAAGACAUGCAGAUUGGGGAUUAGGUUAAUUGAUAACUCUAAAUUGUCCGUAGGUGUGAAUGUGUGCAUGAAUGGUUGUCUGUCUCUAUGUGUCAGCCCUGCGAUAGUCUGGCGACCUGUCCAGGGUGUACCCUGCCUCUCGCCCAAUGUCAGCUGGGAUAGGCUCCAGCCCCCCCGCGACCCUCAAGAGGAUGAAGCGGUUAGAAGAUGAAUGAAUGAAUGAAUAACAGUGGUUGACAAGGUCCACACAUCCAGUUGGUUCCAGCAAAUUAAAAAUAAAAUGGCAGUUCAGUCUGAUUAUUAGGCUCAAACAAAAUGAUGAUUAAAUAAAUUUGAUGCACAUUGUAUUCUCUUUUUUAAACAUUAAGCCUGGCUCAUUACCUGCAACAGUCAGUGAGUAAUCCUACAUUCUGUGCUACAGUGCUACUACAGACAUGAAGGUGAGGAGGUAAUCACAGAAAUCUCAUUUUGAAGUGAAAUGUUCCUGUAAGUGCAUUUGUUAUCCUCCUUGUCAAAGACUUGGUGUUUCUGGUUGUGUGUACAAAGUUACUUUACUUUAUUUAUGUCUUUAGAGGCAUGUGAAACUGAUAUGAGCAGUGUGUUUUGUGUCAAAAUGAGUCUCUCUUUUCUUCAUUUUGGAGUGUUUCUCACUCUGAUACUCGGCCACAGUGGGAGCAGAGGACGACAGGACCACACUGACAUAAUUAUGGGAAAACUCAUACUACAUAUCCAUCCCAUACCGACUGUUGACCACAUGCCACCUCUUGGCCUGCGGGGAUCUGGAUCAUAAUUUGAUUUCUAAUUCUAGCAGCAGUUUAAUUCAUUUCUUCAGAUGGCGACCACUGUGGGGAAAAUUGAAUAGCUUCUCCCAGGCUUCUGUAAUAUGCAUGUCUGUUUAAUUUCACGCUGCUGGGAGAGAGAUGAUGCUGUUCAAAUUGUAAUGAACCCUGACUUUAUGAAAUCACCUUCUCUGUUGGAGAAGCAACAUGUGAAGUGAUACUUCACUGUGAUUGAACAUUUACAUGUUUUUGUUACAGUUAAGUGGAGGUGAAUCUCUGAGAAGUUCUGAUAUAAAGAGAAUGUCCACCUCCACAAUAUGACCACGUAGGUUGUUUGUACAAGCAGCUUACCAACAAUAUUUACAUUUACUGUUAGGUGGCAAACUCUAGUGUGACGGGCCAAAAGGAGGAAGUCAAGCAAUGUAGUAUAAAGAGCUACAAAGUCUGUGUAGGUAGGAUGUCGGGUUAGACAGGUCAAACAAACACAGGACUUUGACCCAGGAGACUGCUGUUUGUGUCAUGUGUGAAACCAAAAAUCAGCAGUGUCCAGUGGUGUAAUGGUGGUUGAUGAGGCGGGUGUAUUGCUAGGUAGAUGGGUAGGUGACUGAGGAGAAUGUGGGUAUACUCCCCUAUAUAUUCCAAUGGCUUUUUGGCUGAUAGGUGAUAACUGAAAAUGGCCAGAAACAAAGAAUACCUAUGUAUACCCUACACCACACCACUGAUGUUGUCUUAUUUGAACUACGUAACAUCACGUGACAUAUAUACGUAAACAAACGCUUAUUUUAAUCCAAACUAUGAUCUGUCUUCUAAACUAUCUAUUCUAAACUAUAAACUAUGGUCUAAACCAGGGGUCGGCAACCUGUGGCUUCAAAGGCUGUGGCUCUUAAGCUCCUCUCCAGUGGCUCCCCGUGGCUUUGACAGAAAAUUAUAUGGAAAACAUUAACAUUUUAAUUUAGAUUUAUUGUUGUAGGAUGACAGUGAUUCUUACAUUCUUCAAUUGUAAAAAUGCGUACCUUAUGCACCAAUGUAAAAAAAAAAAAAAAAAAAGAAUGUUUUAACAUAUUGUCAACUAAAAUAUGUGUUGUACAUUUGUGGCUUGGCGCCUUUUCCUCCAAAAACAUCACUAGCGAUGGCUAAAGUAGUCUUAAAGCUUUCUAGUUAGGCUUGCUGUGGAUUCCAAAUCCAAAAAGGAAGAAGUCUCAGGGAAAAAUAGAGAAUUUAAUAGUGCAUGGACAAAUUUGUUUGCUUUCAUCUGCAACGCUGCAUAAUGGAAGUUCCAAAUAAUAAUUAAAAAAAAAAGCCCACUGCAGAAUAGCCACCUUGUGCUAAAACAUAUUAAUGAAUGCUCUUUUUUUUCUUAUAUACUUUAUUAAUCCCCCUGUGGGGAAAUUACAUUUUUUCACUCUGUUGUCAUUAACACACAGGUCUGAAAUACACACACACACACAUGCACAAACAGGACCUACACAUGCACAAAGUGGAGAGAUGUCAGAGUGAGGGGGCUGCCAUGAACAGGCGCCCCGAGCAGUUGGGGGGGUUCGGUGCCUUGCUCAAGGGCACCUCUCCAGCCACCAGUCCACACUCCAUAUUUGGUCCGGACAGGGACUUGAACAGGUGACCCUCCGGUUCCCAACCCAAGUCCCCAUGGACUGAGCUACUGGCACCCAGUUUUUCAUUUAGCUCUAUUAGUCAUUUUGAUAGGCUAAAUUUGACUUAAAAGGCGGUGUUACCUUUAUUAUCAAUCAAUCAGUUUUAUUUAUAAAGCCCAAUAUCACAAAUCACAAUUUGCCUCACAGGGCUUUACAGCAUACAACAUCCCUCUGUCCUUAGGACCCUCACAGCGGAUAAGGAAAAACUCCCCAAAAAAAACCCUUUAAUGGGGAAAAAAACGGUAGAAACCUCAGGAAGAGCAACUGAGGAGGGAUCCCUCUUCCAGGAUGGACAGACGUGCAAUAGAUGUGCAAUAGAUGUCGUACAGAACAGAUCAACAUAAUAAAUUAACAGUGAUUCGUAUAUGAGGCUCAAAUAUGUUUUGCAGCUCCAGGCAGAUUUUUUGUUCUUUCUUUUUUGGCUGAAAAUGGCUCCUUUGAUAGUAAAGGUUGCUGACCCCUGGACUAAACAUACCAGUGUACUGCAGGCAGGUCAGUUUGACUCAUUAAAACUUAAGUACAGUCAGGACCACUUCAGUCAAGAGAAAACUUUAUUUCUAUUUGCAGUAUGAUAUUUGGUGGUAUGGCUCUGUUCUGUAACCUCUCCAUCUUUCCAAGUGCGUACAUGAAAAGCCUAUGGCAGCAAAAAAAAAUCCAGGCACAGAACAGAGCAACAUUAUGACAAUCAACAUUGGUAAGUCAGACACAGCAUGAAAAGGGAGCCUAGUCUCACUCCGAAUUUUUUCGAAAUCCAGCGCUUGGGCAGUGACUUGCGACAUCAGAAAUCAACGAAAAAAGGCAUCCUUUAAUAUCUGCAUGAUACACGACCGGUUGCCGUCAUAGUUUAACAGAAACAGCGUCAGGGGAAACGCAGCAGGACAAGGACAAAAGUUAAGGCGGAGAAAGUCCAGGUGGGGCACAUAGGAGGGGUGGUGGAUGGGUCCAACAAACACCAACCUUCACCCGAGAGAGCAGUGUUCACAUCCCGUAAGAUUCUAAAGCCAAUCCCUGUUCUUUUUUCCUAAACCUAACCACUUGCUUUUGUUGCUUUGACCUAACCACGUGUUUUUAAUUGCCUAAACCCAACCAUGUGUGUUUGUUGUUGAAGGAAAAAAAAAAGUCAAUUCAUGGGGUUGCAUGGACAUAGUGCAUUUAUUUUGAAAGAGACUGUAUGUAAACGUUAAAUUUCCUGUGAAAACGGAAGUGUAUGUUGGAAGAAGACAAUGCAUGUGACAGGCAG